AUGGCCGCCACCGAAAUCGCCCCUGUCCCUGGACUUCACGUCGCCCCAACCCUUGAUGACUUGAGAGACUCUGCUCAGUGCUGGAACAGUCUUCCCGUGUCACGGGACCAGCCAGAUGUUCCCGGCCAGCACCUCAGUAUGCUUGCCAGGACCUUGGAGCGUCACGGUAUGAAGAAGAUGCUAUCUUUCCACCUCAUCCAUCGACAUGACCCCAUUGAUGAUGGCAAAGUAAUGAUGACGAGCAAUCUCAAUAUUCUCAUCGGAAAAUGGAUUCGCCCAAUGGAUAUCAAUGACAUCAACCUCACCAACACUCAUGGCUAUCUCUUCAAGCUGGGCUCUGAUGGCCGUCCCCGAGCCUAUAAGUAUAGAGAAGGACCUCUGCCUGACCUGGCGGGUGUUUCUCCCGAUUUCCUUUCCGAGCUGAACCGCUACCUUCAGGGCAAUCAGCUAAACGACCUCCUGGCGUUUGGGGUCAGCGAUAGUAUGGAGGGUCUGAUCGAGUUUGACCUUGGCCACAAUGGAACUGUCCUGCUCAAGCAGGAGCAAGCAAACUAUGGCAAGUUUGUCAAGGAAACAGGGUUCGUUUACUAUGAAGGGGAAGAUGGAAUUAGCCAGCUUAAGGGCAAUGAACACCAUGCUGAGACAACAACUGGGCCUCACAAGGUCUUCUGGGAUGGCAGGCUCGAGAACGAGGCCGAAUUAGUAAAGGCAUUGUAUGAACUGGGCCUUAUUCGGUACGAGUAG